UCAAAAGUCAGAAGCCACGAGCCACGACCUUGACUAUAACACUUUUAAAAUUUUACUAGUUUAAUAUGGAAAGCUCAGAGGCCCAUUACUUUGUGUUAGAGAACCGUACAAUAUCAUUGUCAUAGAAAUUGCAGAGAAGAGAACCAGCUCCUUCGACAUUUUUUUUUUAUUCCAAACUUUUAGAUUUUAAUUCCUCUUCCUUGCCCUGAAUUUGAUUUUUCACCCUCUGUGAAGAAACAUCACCUGCUGAAGAAAAAAGAAAAAAAAUUCUUGUCCAGUAUUUAGUGAUUAGUUCAUGGCAGAGGGCAUGGUGGGAUCAAAGAGGAAGAAACAAUAAAGAUUUGGUAAUACUUACUGCAAGAUUCUGAGUUCAUAUGACAAGGAAAUGACGGGGGUGCUGGAUAUUAUUUGAGGGUUAUUCAAGAUUUACAUUGUUUGGAUCAUUUCACCUGUGCCGCCUACCUUCUCCGGUGAUGCUCGAAAGCGACUGUCAAUCUAGCAUGCCAACUUAUGAAGCAGAACAACAUAUCGUUGCUGCAACUCAGCAUAUCCUGAAGGCGUUAGGAGCUAGCAAGAACUUGAAUGAUGAUAUUAGAAGAGCACUUGAGCAGCUUGACUCCCAUUUGUCCACGAUGACUAUAAUAACCGAAAAGGGAGGAGGGUUUUAUGAAAUUGAGGAACAGUUGAAAUGUGCUGAGCAAAAGAUAAUGCGUUGGGAGUCAAAUCCAUCUCUAAUAUGGGGCUCAGGCUCCUUGGAAGCCGCUGAAUAUUUGCAAGCUGUAAAUGAUAUUUUAAUGGUGAAAGAAAGUUUAGGAGGUUUGUCCUCAAGCGAAAAUGGGAAGCUAAGGGAGAUUGGUUUACAAGCUCAGCGUGCACUGCAGAGAGCAAUGUCAAGACUUGAGAAAGAGCUGUAUCACAUUCUUGUUCAGAAUAAGCAAGAGUUUAGGCCACAGUAUGUUUCAUUCCGUUCGCGCGCAGAGGAUGUUGUUUAUGACGAGUCAUUUUCUUCCGUGGAAGAUGAAGUAGUUGAGGUAACAUCCCAGAGAAGUAGGAAUGAAGAAUCUGUUGAAUGUGCUCAAGAUUUGGUUGAUCCGCGUGUAAUUCCUGACAUCAAAUCCAUUGCAAAUGUAAUGUCUGCGUCUAAUUACAUUCAAGAAUUUUCCGAGGCUUUCAUUGAUGUACGGAGAGAAGCACUGUAUGAAUACUUGUCGAUUCUUGAAAUAAAGAAACUCAGUAUUGAGGAUGUUUUGAAUCUGGAAUGGGAUAGUUUAAACAGUGAGAUAAAAAAAUGGAUGUGGGCUACGAAGAUCAUCAUUAGAGCAUAUCUUACCAGCGAGAAACGACUUUGUGACCAGAUACUGGGGGAUUUUGGUUCUGUCAAUUCAUUUUGCUUUAUUGAAAUCUCAAAGGCUUCAAUUUUGUACCUUUUGAAUUUUGGCCAUGCCGUGGCAAUGGGACCUCGCGAGCCAGAGAAGUUAUCUCUCCUGCUUGACAUGUAUGAAGUUAUGGCCAGUCUUCAUCUAGAAAUAGAUGGUUUAUUCUCAGAAGAUGAUGGUUCUUUUAUUAGAAUCGAGUUCCAUGAGCUUUUGAGGAGACUAGGUGAUUGUGCAAGGGAGACAUUUAUGAAAUUUGAGUAUGCCAUUGCAUCCAAUGCAUCAACACAAUCUGUCCCUGGAGGGGGAAUUCAUCCCCUGACAAAGUAUGUCAUGAAUUACAUGAAGCUUCUCACAGAUUAUUGUGACACUAUAAAUUUUCUUUUCAAGUACCAAAAUGUUGAUGAAGCAAAUCCUGUGGUUGAGAUUGAUAAUGGACAGGACAUUCCUUCUUCCACUUGUUGUCCGAUGGCUUACCACCUUCGGUCAAUUACAUCCACUCUAGAAUCCAACCUUAUUGAGAAAUCCAAAUUAUACAAGGAUGAUUCUCUGCAGCAUAUUUUUUUGAUUAACAACAUCUAUUACAUGGUCAAGAAAGUCAAGGACUCUGACCUCAGGUUUUUCUUUGGAGAUGAAUGGAUUCGGAAACAUAAUGGAAAAUUCCAACAACAUGCAACCUGCUACGUGAGGGCCGCUUGGAGUUCAGUUGUCUCUAUGCUUAGAGAUGAUGGAAAGACAACUCUUAAGGAAAGGUGCAGAAGAUUCAGUAAUGCUUUUGAGGAAGUAUACAAAAACCAGACACGCUGGUCCGUUCCAGAUCUUCAGCUUCGGGACGAUCUGCAAAUUUCAACUUCACAGAAAGUAAUCCCUGCUUAUCAAAAUUUUCUCGGUAUUAACAACAGCAAUGUUGAUGACAGGUAUGUUAAGUACACUACAGAUCAGGUAGCUGAACUGCUCUUGCAUCUUUUUGCUGGACCACCAAGAUCACUGCGAAAUUCACGCAGGAAGUGAAUCCUCAGACGCUAUUGAGUUUCAGAAUUUUUUUUAAUGCCUCAUUACUUCGGUCUCCUAAUUGUGGAAUAUCGUGAUAGAUGUAUAUUACCAGUAACAUAUAUUGGCCUGUUAUAAAACUUCUGAAUUGAAAUUUGAUUGUAGACUUGUUCCAUGUACAAAUUUCUUAUAUUCUGCAUGUAUAUUACAACUUUCCUGUUGCUGCAUUGCUCAUAUAGACAA